AUGUCAGCUAAUCAGACACGGCCACCGGAACCGUUGUACUGUUUUCCUAUCGCCCGCGUCGCUCGCUCUUGGCGCGUGUUUGAUUCGAAUUUAUGCGAGUUACAGGCGUUAGUAGAUCACAUUUAGUCUUUCCGUGAACCUGGCAGGUGCGGGACCUCUGCCCUCCAAAGCCAACCGGAGACUGACAACUGUCACGUUUCUUGCAAGCGUUUACCAUGAAUCGCACCGGUGUCGCCUCGGCGUUCAAUUGCCCUGUCUGCCUAGGGCCGAGCCAGAGCCUGGUAUUCGGCCUGUGCCAGCACUUCGCGUGCGCGUCCUGUCUGUACGAACCAGUCGACAAAAGUUUGAGGCCUGGGUAUCAUUGUUGUCCAGUCUGCAAAUUUGAGUUGGCAUUCCCAGAUUGCUGCCCCGUCAUUCCGGACACCACUAAGGAUCUGAUGAAGAUUGUUGGCGUCGUGAAAUGCCCCCGGGAACGGUGCGGCAAAGAAAUAUGGGCUUCGGACAAGGAGGAACACGAGAAGUCUUGCAUCACGAAACGGUCGUCGGCGCGGUGCGGUGGCUCCCCAGCAAGUGCUAGCACUAGCCAGAGGCCCACCACCCGCCAGAGCAAGUAGACGAGGAGCAAGUGCUCUCUCAGGGUCAAGAACUGAACGUAGCAUCGGGCCUGCCUUAAUUGAAAAUUUCUUUUUAGCACCGCGACCGCCAAUUCGGUGUGGCCGAUUCGCCACGAGGGACCCGUGGGAGUGGACCGACGGUCUGGCGUCCGUGGAUCUUCUUCAGGAGACAUUCAUCCCCAUCGCCGCCCCAAAGCCAGAGAGACUCCCCAACGUUUUCUGUGCGGCCAACUAGCCUUGCCGCCGGGCUGUACUGCUGGUUCUACUAUGCUAAUUAUAAUGAUGAUGAUGAACCCACGUAGUCACUGCGUCACCCAUUGCUCGGAGGCUGUUUAACCUAACUUGGCAUAUCUGCGAGAAGUGUGGGGGUGCUAUCGCCCCCUGUAAAGUUGUUUGUGCCCCAUGGUGAAAAUGAAUUUACUGGGAGAGGUGGUUGGCUCUUAAAGUCUGCAUACUUAUUUUUCAGUAAAAAUGAAGUAAUUUCUGUUUCAAUGCAGUCGCAAACAUAAGAUACUGAAUUCCAAGAAACGUUAUGGAUGCAUUAUGUCAAAAAUACAAAGAGAUGCUUUCAAUGGUUACCUAGUAAUUUGGAGGCUUAUCUUUUCACAUGAAAUCAAGACUAUUUAUUAUUAUUACAUUAAUGGAAUGCUGACAAGAUUUUGCAAAGCUGAGCUUACUCUGCCAUACAAAUCUCCUGUGUACAGAAAUUGCUCUGAGCUAGUGCUUCGUUAUAUGUUAUGAGCAAGUGCUUAUAACGUAUUUUAUUUUUGUAUUAGUCGAUUUUCCCAUGGCAUAUCGGCCAACAUUGACAGCAACUUGACAUCGGUGUACAGUAUCGACUCCAGCGACUUCACACUGUGCUCCAGCUAGUUGUGAUGACGUCUGGUACCUAAACAUUCAAAAUUGGCCUUUGUGCAUAGCCAAAACACUCAAAAUUGCUGCCCAUAUGUCGCCAACAGAGCAGCGGUGCGGAGCGGCGGUUAAAAUGUCGCAAUAUGUUGCACGUGCCUGUCGUGACUGAUGUCAAGGCACAGUUGGUACUGAAAAGUGUAAACCACACCGUGCACACAUUUUAGUUGCGACCACAGGUUAGGCACUAAAUGAUUCGACAGGGCCUUGCUGAAAUGGCGAACGUAUGUGGUUACUUUGUUUUAUGAGCUUUUAAUGGCGUGUCAAAUGGGAACUUCUGAUCAUAACAGUACUAGAUGAGCAUUGAAUCCCCCGAUCGAUUCCUUUGCACAAGCUGUAAGAAGAGCCAAUCACUUUAUUGAAUUUGACCACAGAACUACUGAAGCAUCACAACAUCAUCCAAGAUGAAAUGUCGAUACUUCACAGAGUUCCAGACAGCUUGGAGUUCGCUGUAAAUUUUAUGUGUUUGCUAUUGGCCACAGAGCGCUUCAUUGACAGUUUGAGAUCUUUACCAGUAUAGUACGAUAUACGUUCAUUAUAGUGGAAUCUUCUAGAAGUACCGAAGCACUUUCUCAAUAAACCCAGUAUUAUGUUCUGGUGGAUAUUCAUUUUUCUUUUAUGUUAUUGAGGAACAUUUCACAUGUAUUGUUUUACGAGAUGAAAAUGAAAUUCAUAAUUUGUUAUAUCCAUGAUUAUUACUAGAUUAUUCUUAUUUAAAACUUGAAGUGCAAUGGAAAAUUAUUUUAGUUGAUUUUAUAGUAAAAUCGCAAUAAUUCAAA